AUGGAUCCAUAAUUAAGUCACUACACUUAAUUCUUCAUCGUAGUUACUAAUCUUUGCAAGACUAAUCAAAUCACUCCAGAACAGAAGUCCUUAUUGAAAGGCAAUCUCACUCGAAAAGAGGAGAAAAUCUGUCGUAUGUUGAUGUAAAAUAGUGGUCCUGGCAAAGAAAUGCAAUUGCGAGAAGCCCUGCUUGAUUACCUGGCUGCGUAAAACAAACAAAUACAAAGAAGGAGAUCACAUAAAUCAAAGACUGUUCAUUUCAUGAAAGAUGUAGCAGAGCAGCAGGAAAAACAACCAGAGGUUGUCCCUCCUCAGGAAUCGUCAGCCCAGCCUUUGGCAAGUGCAGCAGCUGUUAUGAUUGAACAACUGACUGGGGUCUUACACAAACAUAUUGAUAAGCAUAGUUUGCUUGUACCAGAGGAUAAAGAGAAGCUGAUAUAACUGAGCAGCUUAAUUUCAAAGCUAACAACAGAGUAGGUUGAUUUAGAUGGAGUGAGUCCAUUUAGGUUUAGAUAUUCGUCGGAAAAUAGCAGAUUAGCUGAAAUAAGUGAGAAGGAUCUGGAUUCCAGUGACGAGGACGUCUACGAGAAAAUGGCAAAGGGAAUAGACGAGAUCUAUAAAGAGUUAAAGAGUAUUUUCACUGGAAAUUUGCAUACACAUUUACUGCUCAUGUAAGAGGACAUUUCCUAUGAGAAUUUAUAUUAAGUCCUGAAAUUCUUACUUAAAAUCCUGGUGGAUGCAGAUGAAUUCACCUUCUUCAUUCACAGAGAUAAAGAAUGGGAAGUGUACUAAUCCUCCAAUGAUUCCAUCAAAGACGUAACACCUGAAGAAGCUCAGAGGGUAACGGAUGAAUUAGCUUACAUUCGUCCCUUCUGUAUUUACAGAAUAGAUCCAAAACAAAGACAGUAUCCUUAAAUUGAAGAUACCUGCAAGACGAUUGGUUAUGCCCAAACAUCAAUUGUGAAGUUUUAAUUGCAAUUAAAGAAUUACGAAGUUCUAUUUUGUCUUCAUUGGGCUGACAAAGACAAGAAGAAUAUCAAAAGGAAAUUCAUAAAUUAUGCCAAUAUGUAUGGAUUCAACAAGGAUGUGACUCAUUUGGCAUAAUUUCUGGUGGAAACCAUCAUUACAGCCAAGGUCCAAUUCUUCAAUCCACUUAGAUUUGCUGACUAAGUUCAAGAUAUCGGAAUUAGUUUCAUGCGUAUAUCUAGAUUUUUGUUGGUCGAGGGAAUUGAGAAAGUCCUUAGCAUAAAAUAUGAGGUGGAUAAGGAACAAACUUUCUCAACCGAUGAAAAUAUCAGAAGGUUGAAGGAAGCCUCGUGUGUCAAAAUCGAAUUAAAGGAUUCAAACCCAGUCACCUUAAGAAUAAAGGAUAUGGAUUUGAAAAAUGAAUAGGAUCAACACUUAUACUAAGUGAUCAUUCAAAUCCAAGAAAAGUAUGAUGGUUAUGUGAAGUUGUGUUACGAAAAGUCAGCAUUUUAUAAGUAUUUCUUGAGGACGACAGAUUCCUUAUUAUUCGAUUUUAAUAAACAAGGAGAAUUGAUUUUCUUGAGUAGACCAAUCUCUAAAUCCUUAAAAGAAAGAUAUAAUAUCAACUUUGAUCCCAAAGCCAUUUUGUAUAACAAGAUUUCUUAUUAGGAUAUCUUUGCUUAGAAUAGUAUCAUAUCGAACAUUGAGGUUAAUAUUUAGAACAUACAUGAAAAUAGAAGAAAUCAAUAUUUGAGUAAUUUGGAGAAUCCUUAGUUUGAAAUUUUCCUCAAAGUUGUUGAUAAUGAUUUUAAAGGGUUUACUGUGAUUUUCCAUGAGAAUGAAGCCAGAAGAUUGAAACAAUACUUCAUGGCAUUAAAAAUUGACAAUAUGACAAAUGAUGUCUAAAAAGAGGCAGAGGCCAAUAAAUCUUUAGAGGAGGACAUUUAGAAACAAAUAUUAAUUUAAUACAACAAACAUCAGACAUUUAAAUUUUUAAAUUAAUUGGAUGAAACUCAAGAUGUAGCCAAUUCUAUGAUUGCACUAUUCAUCCCUGAAAAUGAAUUAUCAUAGAUUAGACAUCGCAAAACUGAUGGUAGAAGUCCAGAGUAACAAAAUAAGGAUAUGUAGAAUGAUUAAUGGAUUAUACCUCCACAAAAGUAAAAGAAAAUAGGGUCUAGUGUUUAUGUUAAGUGUUAGUUAUAAUUAGAAACAGUGGAUGCUAAUCAAUUUAAAGUGAAUGAAAGUGACUCUUAAUUGGAUCUAUUUGAGUUUAACAUCUUAGUCUUAGACUCAUCAUAAGAGAAGCAUCGAAUAGUGUAUAGCAUUUUAGAGAAGAAUGGUUUCAUAUCCUAAUACAAUUUAAAUAAACAAUGUUUAGCUCAAUUCUUGAGUGUUUUGUAGAAGAAGUACAACAGACGAAAUAAUUCAUUUCACAAUUAUGAUCAUGGAAUUGCUGUGAUGCAAAGUUCUCACUUCAUGUUGUAAUGUGGAAAGGCAAAACAAUUCAUUGAUGAUUUCAGAAGAAUGUCAACUAUAAUUUCAGGUUUGUGUCAUGAUGUAUCACACACUGGCAGAACUAACAUUUUUAUGAUUAAUAGCCAAUCCAAAUUAGCAACUCGCUAUCAUGAUUCUAGUCCUCUGGAAUAGCAUCAUGCUGCAACUACUAUUUUUAUGUUAAAGGAUCCUUCACUCAAUUUCUUGAAUUCCUUAUCAAAGGAACAAACUCAACAAUUCAGAAGAGUUCUCAUAGAUAACAUUUUAUAUACUGACAUUAAGGUCCACUUCACAUUGUUAAAAGAUUUUGAAAGUAGGAUCAAGGAUGAAGUCACGAAACCAUUUGGUACUGGGGAUGAUGAUCUAAAAUUAUUAACAGGAAUGAUUAUUCAUACAGCAGAUUUUAAUGGAGGAGCUAAGGUCUUUGAGAUUUCCAGAAUUUGGUCUGAGAGAGUUAAUAAAGAAUUCAGUGCAUAAUAUGAUGAAGAAGGCAGAUUGGGAAUUCCAUAAACACCAUUUUUGAAGGAUCUUGAUAAAUUGCAUAUUAUGGCUAAAUCUGAAAUGGGAUUCUUUAAAGUGAUUGUUAGACCUCUUUGGUUCACUUUGAAUACCUUCUUUGAUGGAUUCCUCCAGUAAAGCAUAACCAAUCUUGAUAACACCAUUAUUAGUUGGGAAAAAAUCUAUCAUGCUAAUCUUCCUAAAGAGGAGAGAUAACAAUAAUAAUAAUAAUGAAUGUAAUUUGUUAAAUAUUAUGAUAUCAUUUUACAACAAAAUACUAAUAUCAAUUAAA